AUGUUUGCAUAAAAUAUAAUUGAUUUAUCUAACCUUGUUAAAGAUAAAGGAAAUGUCUUUACUUUUCGUAAACUAGAAAAGAAAGACGUUUUUGAGACAUAAAGAAUGAUGAUAAAAGCAUUUCUUUCCGAAAAUCCUGUAAUUAAAAUAUUAUAGGCUAAAGAAGAGGAUAUUAAAAUACUUUAAGCUGAAGAAGUAUUGUAAAUAUUAAAUAUUAUAAUAAACUUAGUGAUAGGAUAAUCUAAGAAAAUCUUUCAUUCGGAGCAUUUCAUGGAAAUACUUUAGUAUCAGCUUGCUUAACUUGUGAUAUAAAAACUAAUAUGUAAGCAGAAGGAGUACAAAUAACUCACGUUGCAUCUGAGAUAAUAGAUACUAUUGAUAUUUUAUUGGGUUAAUAUAUUUCCUCCAGAGAAAGAGACUUUAAGGAAGUUGCUUAUUUGAAUCAUUUAGGAACUCAUUCUGAUUACUUAAAAUAAUAAUUAGCUGUUUCUUGUGCCUAUCUAUCAAUUGAAGAAUGUAGAAAACAAGGAUUUAAGUUUCUAUUAACUGAGUCGUGGCAUUAAGGGACAUAUAAGACAUUUAGCAAAAUAUUUAAACAUUUUGAAGUUAUUAAGCAAAUUAAUGAGAUUAAAGAACAAUAAGUCAAUCUAAUCUCAUUGAUUGCUUAAUUGAAUUGA